CGAAGAGCAAACAGGAACAGAAAGUGAAGCCUGCUCAAGAUGUGUCGGUGUUUGUGUGUGUGAGGGUGACAAAAAGAAGCACACAAGCGGAUGGCAAAACGAGACAUAACAUGUUUGAUUAGCUGACAGGACGAAGCUUAAGCUGACACGCUGUGUGACCGGGAUUUCAGGUUGCAAGUAAAUCGAGGUGACGAGAGCGGCAAAAAGUGAAGGCGAGAAGCACUUCGCUGCCACUUCUGCAAGAGUACAGUAAUGCAGUUAUACCCUAAAGCUCAUUUCGGGUGGCUGCGGGCUUGAGUUGAACUGUUCGAUCCCUCCGCUUUAAGGGAGGAAGCAUUCUUGGAAAUAAAACUCCAAAGAGGCCUUAAAUCUGCUGAACUGGACAUCUGAUGUAGAACUGAAUUCACUAUGUGCAUUUGCCCUCCUAAAAGCCAUUUAUUAAGUAUUAAGUAAAGAAAAGUAUUUUGCAUCCUAAAGUCAUGGGUGGCACAACAGACAGGAUCGGCAACUUCUUCAACCUUCUUUGGAGUUUUGUUACGGAAAAACACAACCAGGGUGUCUACAACACCGUGUGCCUGGUGGUCCUCCUCACUCUGCCUCUGGUGGUCCUCCUCACCACGCUGGCGGUGUGCUGCCACUGCUGCUGCUGUCGCCAUGCCGACGGCUGCUGCGGCCGCCGCAGAGGAGGGGGCGCCACGGCAGCCGCCAAGUCGGAACCGAAGAAGAGGAAGAAGAAAAACUCGGCCAACGACGACGACUUAUGGAUUUCGGUCAAGACGGGGCAGAUGAUGCCCGAUCUGGUCGCCCUGCCGAUGGAGUAGGAAGUCCUUCUCAUUGUUUCGAAGGCUUUCACAGGACAGCAAAAGAAGACUGAAAAGACUGUGUUAAAUCUGGUGGGAUUUCAUUUAAGCCAUUUAGUAUGGGAAGGCCAUGUUACAAUCUUUGCGGUACAGACAUUCAUAAGCCCGACAGACGCCUCAACGGCGAUUUCUUGUAGAAACUACCCUGUUAUUCGCUAAAAAACUUGCUGUUUUUCUGCUCAGCCCACUAAAAGUCUUGCUUUGGCUUCAUCAUGUGGCAUCUCAGUGCCAAGGAACAACGUUGAAGUGAGUUUAGGAGCUUCAUGCCGCCAUCGUUUGGCAUCUAUCUAUAGGCAAUUAUAAACCUUGAUAUGUGAGUGAAAAUUAUUCACAUAUUUUUGCUAUUCGCGGCAGGGCUCGGCCCCCGGGGCUUCACUGUACGUUCUAUACUGUAGCUGCAAAUGUGUGUGUAUAUACUGUAUGCGUGCGCGCGUGAUUUCUUCAAGCUCCCAUGUGAAAUGUGUCGCAUCUGUAUUCAGGAGGGCGCGCCAGUUUUCAAGGCAGGCCGACUGCCUAGUUGUCAAUCUAGGCUCACUUUUGAAGUAAAAAAACAAAAAAAAACAUACCUCUUGCGCUUGAUUUUUGGCGUAUGAAUUCAAAGCAUGCUUUUGCAACUGUCGUUGCUAGUUUGGGUCUCGGCCUGUGUUUCAAUUUUCAUCUCUGUUACGUCCCGUGGGGCUUUGGUAGCAAUAUUCGUCAAACGUUAAAGAAGUUAUACUAUGCUUUUUUUUUUGUUUUGUUUUUACAAUUUUAAAAAUCUAAUCAUUAAAAUACCCCAAGAUCAACAAAUGAUAUUCUGUCUCACUAAAAGUAAUCCAUUUAACCCAACCUCAUGAACAAGUGUACGAAUAGCAUCUACUGGCGAGUUAGUGUUCCGUUAAAAUGGCGGAGCCUGUGUGUAGAAAAAUAGCAAGUGCCCAUAAAGACAGUAAAAGCAUUUUAACUCGUGGAUGCAGCAGUUCAUCCACUACACUGUGUGUAUGUGGUGCACGGGCAUGCCACAGAAGUUAAAGGCCCUGUGAAGUGAAAUCAGAGAUUUGUUUCUAAAUACAUUAUACAUGUUUGAAGAAAAUUGUUGAAAACGCACAAAAACUGAGAACAAUGUUGGACUCAAUUGUGGAGAUACAGGGCUCUAUUUUCGUAGAUGGUGCAUCUGCCACCAUAUCCUGCGUUUGCUUGCCAAUUUGGUAGACCAGUCUGUGCCAAGCUGGGCGUUCCGGUGCAGCGAGGGUGUGCGCUCGGCCAUGCGCCUGGCGGAGUGAACAUUUGGUGGCAGAGAGUCGGUCUAAACCUAUGCCGGCUCAGAUCACAUCUAAAUCCUGGCGUAGUAGUUAGACCGCGAUUUUGGUCAAUUUGAUUGUGGCACGGCCGGGCAGACAGAUUCGGAGCUACAGUACGCGGACAUGUGUGGUCGAUGUCAGACGUAUUUCAUUCAUGAAUAUGUGAACAGCGGGAAUUAAACAAUCAAGAAUGCACUGCUUAGCAGAAGCGCAUGCUCUUAGCUAACAUGAAUCUGUGACUCCAACAAAACACAAUGCAGCUUUGCAUGGUAAUGUUUCAGACAGUGUAGCCCAGCUGUUGUUUUAAAAGUGGCUUUGGCCCUUCACCUAGUCUCACUGAUCAAGUCAUUGGGUGGAGAGCUGUUAUGGACAUUCAGAAGGAUAUGCUCACAGUUUAGAAAUAGGCAGAUUGACUUGGUUACUAAUUUUCACACCUGAUGGGCGAGUCGGCACUCCAGACACACAUCUGUAUACGACGAGCAAAUAAAAAAGCCAAUUUUACAUAAUAUGUCCCCUUUACAAAAGGGAUAAAUGAAUGAUUGAAUUAAUAAAUAGUAUUUAAUAAAGUAUGUUUUAUUGAUAACAUUCAGUAUACCCCUGAAAUUAUUUUACCAUCAAUAGCAACUUUCCAAAAUGUUUAUGCUUACAGUAGCCGUCUGUAUUAGGAACUCACAUUAUGUCGAUUUAAACAAGUUAAUGUGAGUCAAAGUAAAAUAAUUGCCUUCCAUUCAGUGUUGGAGAACAACUCCCAUGAUUUUGUCACGGAGGUCUUAAGUAACUACUUCAGAUGAAAGAGGCCCCUGCAGCGCAAAGGGAAAACAGCAUACAUAUGUUUAAAAACAUAAAUAGAGGAGAAAGCCCAAUGAUUUUGUCUGAAAAUGAGCUGUGCCAGAGGGCUUGCAUUUGUGACGUCUCGCAGCGCAAUUAGGCGUAGGCAUCUCUGCAGUAUGAACAUCAUUAUGCAAUUAGCAGACGCUGGCAUCCGACUCACAAGUGCUGCUGGGACAAAGAAAGACAGGCCCUGCUCUUUUCAUUAUGCCACUGACAUACAUAUGCCCACGUAGGAGUGGUUUCAUUUGUUUUAGGUUAUUUGUGUUGUGAUACUGUAUAUAUAUAUAUAUGUAUAUACAUAUCAUUCCUAAUUUCAAAUGUAUCCGUGGCUAUUAAGUAAAGCGUGGAGAGUCUCUGUCACGAAAAAUGCAUUGCUACCGUCAGUACAGUCAGUUAAAACGGUAGGGCUGUCACUAUCGAAUCAUUUAAGAAUCGAUUCUCCUGUUGAUUAUUGAUCCAAUAAUCAAAUAAUAAUUGUUCCCCCACUGGUAUGAUUAUUCUUUUUUAUUUUACUACUAACAUGCAUUUUAUUCUAAUUUAUGAGGGGUGGACUUCAACCCUUAAACUGUAUAUGUUGGUACUGAGUGUGUGUAUUUUAGGUCAACAAAACGCUAACUAUCAUUCAGCUCACUGACACUUAAGACGCUCCUCUGUCGUUUUUGGCAAGGUUUAUCAUUAGCCAGACACUGCAUCCAUCUGCAAUAGAUGUCCAAGUGAGACAUUGUUCCAAGAGCAACUUAUUUUUUUUUUUUGUCGAGUAGAGGUUCGAGGCAGACAUUUUGUGUACCACCUAUUUUUUAGGUCAACUUAGCCGAAUUUGUUUCCCCCAUCCCUGAUUGAUCAUUGCCAACAGCCUCCUAAAAUAUCCACACUCUCCUUUAUUCUAGGCCAUUCCCUCUCUUUAUGGCAAUCUGCUUCUUCUUCGACAAUCGUGCCAUGUUUUUGUGGUUCAGUGGAAAAAUAAUACAUUGCAGUAUAUUGUAUGUGGAGCCUCAAAACCUGAUAAAGGUCGCUGUUAUUCUGUUGCAGCGCAUCGUUAGAUGUGCGGUGCUCAGUCGCGGCGAAAAGUCAGCAGUUGGAAUUUUUUCGCGAUACUCCACUUCAGUCGCCUUUAACUGUGUCGCUCGGUGUGUGGCGGGUCUUAAUUUGAUCAGUACCGUCCUCGUGUCGGUACUGUUACGCCAGAGAGCCAACUAUUUGUACAGAUGCAGUUCAAAAAUCAGUUUUCCAUAAUAUUUCACCCUUUUUCAGUUAUAAUGAGUGAUCAUAACAACAUCAUCGACAACAAAUGAAAAAAAUUGAAGUUGAAAAUCGCCACUACAGGUGGACGUUUAGAGUUCCAAUAUAUUGUCCAUGAGCGCUAAGUGCUAAUAAGCCAUGUUUUCAUUGUGGAUGUUUUAUUUCGUGUGUUGCCAUUUAUCCCUUCAACUUAAGUUAUCCAGGUAAGUUAUAGGAUGAGAAUACAUUAUUUAGGCACAUUUUUGUAAAUUCUGUCUACCACCGUGUUAUCGAAUUGUGCUAAAAAUAUAUACAUAAUUCAGAGAUGUGCUGAUUUAACUGCGACAAAACAGCAUUUGUCUCUGUUUUACUUCUCCGCAUACUCCACUCAAGCGCAUUUAUUGCAUCCUCUGCGAAAUGACAACGAAACAUUUCAGUUCAUUCAUCCUAGCUACAAAUUAGAAAUGACUUUUUAUAUUUAAGAUAUGCUUUUAACACUCAGGUGCUCCUCUUUUUUCCCUUUUUUAAUCAUGUGCCCGACUGGUUGCGGCGCACGUGUAAUUUAUCUUGAGGUGGAGAUUCAGCAAUAAAAGGGGAACGUGUUGUGCAGGAUGACAUUG